UUUGCUAUCCCUAACAAUUUUAGUAGUUUUUUUUUGUGUGGUGUAAAAGGAUUUGUGAGGAGUUUUUGCGAAAAAUAUCUAAUAACUGCAGUAAAUUGUAAAUCAAUUACAAAUUUAGCCAUGGCAGAGAAUAAUAAAAUUCAAUUGGACGAUAUACAGAAACAAGUAUUUGAGAAAAUCUCCAAGAAUGAUAAGGAUGGUUUCAAGCAGCUGAUAGCCCAAGUUAAAGGAGGAGUUAACUUUAUCGAUGAAAAUGGUAUGACACCGCUACAACAUGCCUGUUGUAAGGGUAACAAGGAGGCAGUUCAAAUUCUGUUGGAUAUGGGUGCCGAUGUGGAUUACAGUCAACAUGGAGCCAACUACACGCCCUUGCAUUUUGCAGCUCUAUCCGGAAACACAGAAAUUUGUUCAAUGCUACUUGAUGCUGGCAUCAAUCCCAAUACCCUGAAUAGUGUGAAUCGUACUGCUUCCCAGAUGGCCGCCUUUGUUGGUAAUCAUGCCUGUGUUGAGACGAUAAAUAACUAUGUGCCCAAAUCACUGCUAGAGUAUUAUACAAAACCCCAAGGGCUGCAGAAAGAAGCCUAUUUGCCACCAUCUGCACUUGAUGACUUCCACAAAUUUGUUACCGAAACAAAUCUUCAUCCUGUCCGUAUUGUGUUAAAUCUUCAAAAUUUUGGCUUGUUAAAACAUUUGAAUGGUUUGAAGAAAGCUCUGGAAUUGAUGUGUGAGAAGGAAAUGAAGAAGUCUUGCGAUGUAAAUGAACUAAUGGCAUUUAAAUAUCACUAUUUGCGUUGGAUUGUUUCGGAGCUGUUGCGCUGUGAAGAGCAAUGCAAGGCCCAGCGCAAAGAUAAACCAGCAACAACUGCCGAUGAACCGAACAAGCAUGAUUUUGUUGAGAUUUUCAUAAAACGCGUUCUAAAGGAGAAUAAACUGGGGCAACUGGAUUAUGUAGAAUUCACAAUACGUGAUUGUGUGCGAGAGUUCCCCUUCCGGGAAUGUACAAUUUUCCGCCAGAUAGUUGCCCAACUGCCGGCAAAGGAUGCUGCCCCCGCUUUGACAAUACUGCGUACGGCGAUUAAUGGUCAACGCGGAUUUGUUGACGACAUUUCCUAUUGCAGUUCCUGUGGUAAUGAGAAACCAGACAAGAAAUGUUCCAAAUGCAAAGCGGUGCAAUAUUGCGAUCGAGAGUGCCAACGCUUACACUGGUUUAUGCACAAGAAAACCUGUAAUCGGCCCACAUCGACCACAAACGUAAACACACAAGCACAACCCAAGGGUCCCAUCGAUGCUGCCGAAUUGCGGGAGGAAUUAGCUCGCAUGACUGCCAGUUAAACGCUAAAGUUAAUAUGGGGCUUGGGGAGGGUAGCCGUUCCCACAGUGGAAAGGUUCAAAAAUAUGUGUGUAAUUCGAUGUGUGCAUUUUUCGCUGAUAGUAGUCGUCUCACUUGGAGUAGUACAUAAUAUUCCAUUUAUAUUCUUCCAAGCUGAUGUUUUGUGAGACCGAAAUUGUGUCUCUUGUAAUAAUUGCUAGAUGUAGUUCGAUUACGCAUAAUACGUUUAAAUUGCAUGUAUUGUAUUCGCGCCUAUGCAGUGUACAUUAUAGAAUCAUCAGUUUCUUUUUAUUUUUUUAAUAAAUGAAAAAUGGACCAUUUGUUUUAAA